AUGGCCAAAUUGCUCCUGCUGGUUGUUGUUGGCCUAAUGGCAGCCCUGUCGGCCGAUCAGGCGCAGGGCACCAAUGCUGCGCCGCAGCUGCAGCGCCUGAUUGCCGAGGAGCAGAGCAAAUGCGCCACGGGCCAAGAUUCGAUGGCGUGCAUCAAAGAGCGCGCCAUGCGCUUUGUGGACAAUGUGCUCAGCAAAGAUAGCUACACGCUGGCCAAUCUGGAGGUGAGCAGCAAUGGCCAAAAAGUGGCCGCCGUUAGCGAGGCACGGGCCAGCACCAGCGACGGCUUCCUGGAUGCCAUUGAGAACUAUAUGCGCGGACACGAUGUGAGCAUGAAUCUGCCCGUGGCCGAUGCCAAGAUCACCGUCUCGGCCCGCAAUCUGGCCAACGAUGAGCUGAGCUUGAACCUGCAGCUGAACAACGCCGUUGAUGAUGAUGCGUCCGAUAUCGAGGCCAGGGGUAAGAAGGGCAACAUCUUCAAGAAGGGCAAGAAGCAUCGUCUACGCAAGCUGGCCAUGCCCAUACUGGUGCUCAUUCUGCUGAAGGCCAUCACUGUCAUACCCAUGGCCAUUGGCAUACUGAAGAUCAAGGCAUUCAAUGCGCUCGCGCUCGGCUUCUUCUCGUUCAUUGUCUCGGUUGGUUUGGCCAUUUUCCAAUUGUGCAAAAAGAUUGCCCAUGAUCACCAUCAUACCGCCCACAUCACCGCCCACGGGCCGUGGGAUGGUCGCAACUUUGGCGGCGCCGCGCCCGUCGUGGAGCAGCCGCAGCAUUUGGCCCAGGAGCUGGCCUAUCCGGCGUACGCCUAG